AGUUUUCUGGCCCCGACGCGAUCCUCGUCAAGUCCUCCGAAGGCUGUUGCGCCGAACCUAGCACUGAAUUGCCUCGGCUGCCCGCCAGGGACACUCCCGCGACCGCUGGCUAUCCUGGAGCCUCCUCGACCCUGGUCGCGGGCACCCUGAGCCUUACUGAUUCUGCAGGGGGGCUCGCCCGCGGCCCCCCAUGAGCGCGCCCGGCUGACCCGCUGGGCGGCCGCGGUGGAGCCAGCACGCCGCGGGGGCGGCGGGGCCAUGGCCUCGCUGGACCUGCCAUACCGCUGCCCCCGCUGCGGGGAGCACAAGCGCUUCCGGAGCCUGUCGUCCCUGCGCGCCCACCUAGAGUACAGCCACACCUAUGAGACUCUCUACAUCCUCUCCAAGACCAACAGCAUUUGCGACGGCGCCGCGGCUGCAGCAGCUGCUGCAGCCGCAGCCUCGGGCUUCCCGCUGGCGCCCGAGCCCGCCGCCCUGCUGGCUGUGCCCGGAGCCCGGCGCGAGGUCUUUGAGAGCACGUCCUUUCAAGGCAAGGAGCAGGCCGCUGGGCCGUCGCCUGCAACGCCGCACCUGCUGCACCACCACCACCACCACGCACCCCUCGCCCAUUUCCCCGGCGACUUGGUGCCCGCCAGCCUGCCCUGCGAGGAGCUGGGUGAGCCGGGUCUCGUGCCCACGGCUGCCGCACGCUAUGCGCUGCGUGAGAUAGAGAUCCCGCUGGGAGAGCUGUUCGCCCGCAAGUCCGUGGCAUCCUCUGCGUGCUCGACGCCGCCGCCAGGGCCCGGCCCAGGCCCGGCUUCGGCCUCGCCCGCCUCCCCCUCGCCAGCCGAUGUGGCUUACGAGGAGGGCCUGGCGCGCCUCAAGAUACGCGCUCUGGAGAAGUUGGAGGUGGACCGGCGGUUGGAGAGGCUGAGCGAGGAGGUGGAGCAGAAGAUUGCGGGCCAAGUGGGCCGGCUGCAGGCAGAGCUGGAGCGCAAAGCCGCAGAGUUGGAGACUGCUAGGCAGGAGAGCGCUCGACUGGGGCGCGAGAAGGAGGAGCUGGAGGAGCGAGCGUCUGAGCUCUCGCGGCAGGUGGAUGUGAGCGUGGAGCUGCUGGCCUCUCUCAAGCAGGACCUGGUGCACAAGGAACAGGAGCUGAACCGCAAGCAGCAGGAGGUGGUACAGAUUGACCAGUUCCUGAAGGAGACAGCAGCUCGGGAGGCCAGUGCCAAGCUGCGCCUGCAGCAGUUCAUCGAGGAACUCCUGGAGCGGGCCGACCGUGCUGAACGUCAGCUGCAGGUCAUCAGCAGCAGCUGUGGCAGCACACCCAGUGCCAGCCUGGGGCGUGGAGGUGGGGGCAGUGGUGCAGGGCCAGGGGCCCGGGGCCCAGGCAGAAUGCGAGAGCACCACGCAGGCCCGGCCGUGCCUAGCACCUACGCGGUAUCACGGCAUGGCUCUUCUCCCAGCACAGGGGCCUCCAGCCGUGUGCCAGCUGCCUCCCAGAGCUCAGGCUGCUAUGAUAGUGACAGCCUGGAGCUGCCCCGGCCAGAGGAGGGGGCACCUGAAGACAGUGGCCCUGGGGGCUUGGGCACACGGGCCCAGGCUACCAAUGGUGGCUCAGAGCGGUCCCAGGCCCCUCGAAGCUCAGGCCUACGGCGCCAGGCCAUCCAGAACUGGCAGCGCAGACCUCGCAGACACAGCACUGAGGGGGAGGAGGGUGAUGUCUCAGACGUGGGCUCCCGAACCACGGAGUCCGAGGCUGAGGGCCCCUCAGAUGUCCCCCGCCUUGGGCCUGCUAUGGCUGGGCAAGUGAGCAGCUGCCGGCUUUCAGCCCGCCCCGAGGGAGGCAGUGGACGAGGCCGGCGAGGGGAGCGGGGUAGCCCCUCACGCUCCAACGAGGUCAUCAGCCCAGAGAUCCUUAAGAUGCGAGCUGCCUUGUUCUGCAUCUUCACCUACCUGGACACACGCACGCUGCUGCAUGCUGCCGAGGUCUGCCGGGACUGGCGCUUCGUGGCCCGUCACCCUGCUGUCUGGACAAGGGUGCUGCUAGAGAAUGCGAGAGUGUGUUCCAAGUUUCUGGCGAUGCUGGCUCAGUGGUGCACGCAGGCCCACUCGCUGACCCUGCAGAACCUGAAGCCCCGACAGCGGGGGAAGAAGGAGAGCAAGGAGGAGUACGCCCGGAGCACCCGGGGCUGCCUUGAAGCAGGGCUGGAGUCCCUGCUGAAGGCAGCCGGGGGGAACCUGCUGAUCCUGCGCAUCUCCCACUGUCCCAACAUCCUCACCGACCGUUCACUCUGGCUGGCCAGCUGCUACUGUCGUGCCCUGCAGGCUGUCACCUACAGGAGUGCCACAGACCCAGUGGGCCACGAAGUUAUUUGGGCUCUAGGUGCAGGCUGCAGAGAGAUUGUCUCCCUCCAGGUGGCGCCUCUUCACCCCUGCCAGCAGCCCACGCGCUUCAGUAACCGCUGCCUGCAGAUGAUCGGUCGCUGUUGGCCCCACCUCCGGGCUCUGGGGGUUGGGGGUGCCGGCUGUGGGGUGCAGGGCCUGGCAUCACUUGCAAGAAACUGCAUGCGGCUGCAGGUCCUGGAGUUGGACCAUGUGUCAGAGAUCACCCAGGAGGUGGCAGCUGAGGUCUGCCGGGAAGGCCUGAAGGGACUAGAGAUGCUGGUACUCACGGCCACCCCUGUCACUCCUAAGGCCCUACUGCAUUUCAACAGCAUCUGUCGGAACCUCAAGUCCAUUGUGGUCCAAAUUGGAAUUGCUGAUUAUUUCAAGGAGCCCAGCAGCCCUGAGGCUCAGAAGCUAUUUGAGGAUAUGGUGACAAAACUCCAGGCCCUGCGACGAAGGCCUGGCUUCUCUAAGAUCCUGCACAUCAAGGUGGAAGGUGGCUGCUAACCCGGGGGGCAGGGGGUGGCAGGACACCUGCUAGCCCCACACCAAGGCAUUAUUUGUACCUCCAGAGGGAUCCUGGUUUGGACUAGACCUUUGGAGGCCUAGUGUUAUCCCAGCUUCCAGGGAGGGGUGGAGUAUCCUGUCCUACUGGAACAGCAGAGCAACAGGUCUGACCCAAGGCAGGGGCUUGGACAGAAGCUGCCCUCUGACCCCCACCCUAUCCCCUCUGGAGCAGACUUCUGGCACAGCCAGCGAGGAGCUGUCACCACCAGCACUGGUGUCUUCACUCGGAGGAUCUGCAAUAACUACCAGUGGCUCCUCAGCUGCUCAGGCAGGCCUGUCUUUCCUGAGGCCCCAGGCCCCAGGGAACCCCACAAGGCAGCUCAGACUUGGCAGGGAGGGCUCUUCUCUCCUACCUGUUCCACCCAUUCUCACAACUUGCCUGGGCCCUGGGUCUACACUCUCCAGGGAUAACCCAGGCAGGUCUAGGGACCUAGGUACAGUCAUUAAAAAGCUGGUGGCAGGAUUGGAAGGAAAAAAGUUACCUAGAACUUUUCCCCAGAAUGAAACCACUCCUCCCAAGGUGGGCACAAAAGGGGAUGGGAGUGGCUUCGAGGUGGAGAAAACUUACUUUUUCCUGUAAGAAAGGCUCCCUACCCAGACACACACCCUCCAGAGUGAAACUCCGAGCUAAAAGGUGCAUGUUUCUAUAUCUACCAAUCACUCUCAAGAAAUUGAAGGGAGGGUGAAGGUGCCAGCCCUGGGAGGCCUGCCUAUAGUGAGAAGGAAUUUCCUUUUAAUCCAGGUGCUUGGGCAGGAAUGUGAUGGCCUUUGGGUCCCCUAUGCUAUCUAGGCUGUCUGGGAGUGGGGCACUGGGCUGCCCACUGUGCUGGGUCCUAGAGGAGGGUGGUUGACUUUGCUUCCUGUCUAAUUAGCUUGCUUGAGAAUGUGGCUUUGGCAAGGACAGACCUAGGGCCAAGGAAGAGGUAGAGCAUCCUAAUAGACUUGCCCCUUCCUCAGUCUCCACCAGCCACAGGCUAAGGCUGCAGCUGGGGUCUUCUGCCUCAGGGCUUAGAAGCCACAGAAUGCCACUGGGGGUUUUCACUGGCCCUUGCACAGUCCCCAGAAGAUCAGGUUCUGGCACCAAGGUUACCCCAGUUUAUCCCCUCAGAUUUACCACAGUGAUUCAAAGGCUGGGGCGUCCUGCCAACCUAUUUGGACAGUUCUUCCCAACAUGACCUAAAUCCAUCUUAGAGUUUUCUUCACUCCUGUAUAAGGUCAGUUCCCAGCCUUGCCAUUAGGCUGUUGGUCCUGACUGGAUCUGGGAUUCUCAUUUCCCAGGCUUUUCCAGGGACCCAAUUCUGCUGCCACUUGGCUUGAACAUCUAGCCCAGCCCUGGGUUACCUUGUAAAAGUUCUCUAGAACUGCACCCCGAUGCCUGGCCUCAGCAGUGCUCCCAGCAGCCCCAGGUGUCCUGGCUUCUCAUCAUUGCUUUGACUUUUCAUCCUGUGGCCUGCUGUGUUCCUGCCCUUGGAAGACCUGGGCUACCAAGGGUGUCAUGUCAGCAUCCCUCUGUCCAGUCCUGCACAAAGCCUUGGCUGUGUGUAGCACCGCACCGCCACUCCUAGUCCCUGCAGCUGCCUCCAUUAGCUUCCACCUCCCCAGUCCUGUCCCUAAGACAUACAGGAAAGAGCAGCACAACUUUCUCUCUUCCAAGGGCCUGGGAGGGAAGUCAAGGUCUACUCAGGCCCUUGCUUCCCUGGGUACAUCUGCCUUGUCAUACCAACUGUACCCCUGUGGCCUUUGCUCCUUAUGACUCGAGGACCAAAGUGCCACCCUCCCUGUCUUCUGGACAAAGCACAAAGGGAUCUCCUGCUUGGUCUAAGCCUGCCCAACAUAAGGGUUUUCUGUGCCCCAGAGCGCCUCCAUCACUGAGUACAAGGCUCUAGGCAAUUUCUCCCUGAGUGGCACUCACUGGAGUACCUGGCAUCAGCCUUGGGAAAGGUCAGGUGGCAUAAGCAGUAAGCUCAGUGGAAGGGUGCUGAUGCUAGUCACAGGCUCCUUCACUGCGCUAUUCACACAACAGCACUGCAUACCACCAGCACUAGGGGCAGAAGGGUGAACAGGCCCCCUCUCCUGCCCGGUAAAGUUGGCCUUCUUACAGGUCUGUUUCCAGGAAACCCACCAAGUUCAUCCAGUAUUUUCAGGUUAUGUGAGUGAGAACUAUGUGGGAGUACAUAUGGCAGAGGCCCAAGCCCUUGUCAAUGCAAAUGACAAGACACAGUGUGUCCCUUGCACACCCACCCCUGGACUGGCAGCCUUGUAUGCCCUGGCCUUUGCGCAUGCUGAGAACCAGCAGCUUCCUGCCUCCUACCUUGAUGCUAUUCAUUUCCUCUGGGGAUGAGCCAUGCUACUGGACAGGAAACCUACUUGCUUGGGUGCUCCAUUUAUUCACUUCCAUGGCAACCAUUCAGCUGGGGCCAAGGAGGGAAACCAGAGGGCCAGUCUUCCAGAAGUGUUUCAUCCCACCUUUACCUCCUAAAAGGGAGCCCUUAAUCUCAUACUUGAUAGGAUGCAAAAAAGGAAUAAUGACAUUUUGCUUACCAAGGCAGGCCCUGCUCCAAGGACCCCAGGUCAAUGGAGAGAUCCCAAGGUGCCAUCUAAUGUCCUUUGCACUUCAACACAUAUAGCCUGGCUCCAACACCUGGAAGGUGGGCACAUUUGGCCUGAGUUCUUCAUGCUUUAUUCCAGCUGCUUUCCCUCAGCACUGGCAAACAGUAAAGAUGCAUAAUACAUACCCCUACAGGGGAAAGUGGGCUGCCCAAGACCCCUGCUUUUCAUUAGCCAGGAAAGACCACCCAGAGAGCAUGACCUCUAAUGUUUUCUUAGCCCUGAUGGCAGAAGUUGAAUCAGUCCCUCAGGAAUUGCUU